GACCCCUACGAGGUCCUCGGCGUCCAGCGCGACGCGACGGACGCGCAGAUCAAGAAGGCCUUCCGCUCCCUCGCCCUCCGCUACCACCCGGACAAGAACCCCAACGAGUCCGAGAACGAGAAGUUCAACGACAUCAACGCGGCCUACGAGCUCCUCUCCGACCCGGACGCGAAGAAGCACUACGACGCCUACGGC